UGAAGGCAUCAGAGAAGAGAGCGGUUUCCCACCGCAGCACGAGUUGCUGCAUCAACUGUCUCUCCGCGAGAGCUGUGGAGCGGAUCAAGUGAACAAAAACUUAGCAGAACAUGUGUUGAACUACCCAGCGUGCGGAGGAGUUUCGAUGGAUGCUAACUAAAUUUGACAGCGUCGGUCGGACCUGCAAGAGGAUAACUAUGCCACAGAUACAUGUCAGGACCAAACAGCGUUAGUGCCUGCAGGCACACACAUGGCUUUGUAAGCUGUGAUUGUGAACCGUACUAUCAAGGAAAUUCCUCAGUCCUCCAGGGUCACCUCCGUGGGUUCUCUAUCAGGGGAGCUGCAGCGAAACAAAGGAUAAAGCAGGAUGCUCCAGGGAGACGCGAUCGCUACUGAAGAAAAUCAAACACAGGCUGGGGCUGGAGGUUUCGCUCAGCGUGCUUCACCUCCAUUCGCUGGGAGCAGACCCAGCAGGGAAGCCAGACAUGCAAAUAACAGCCAGGAAGUACAGCCGUGCUCGGACCAAUUGUGGCAUUCAAAACACAGAAGCAGCCCGUCCCUCCUCUUAUAUAGGAAGUUGUCGUGUGACAGUGGGAAAGGGACAGUUUUGAAUGAGGAAUAUGAGGAGAGUUUGGAUUGCAACUCAAAAAUCUUGAGCACCGAAAAGAAACUUUAUCUAGAGACUGGCAAAAGAGUUGAAACAAUGAAUAAAACGGUUACUCCGAUACCUGGGAAAAAUUCGCAGGGAUCUCCCUGCCAGCUGGACACCUCAGGCGAGGGUGUGGAUGCAAGCAGGAACAGAACUGGCAGCUCCAGAUGCUCCUGCACCAUGUCUCGCUCUUACAUGAGUCCAAACAUCUGCUGUUGCCACAGUCCCAGAUCCAGUUCGAGCCCCUACCACAACCCAGCUCACAGCCCUUGCCUCAGUUCCAGGCCCUCUCGGUCCAACCGGCGACACAUCCGCCGCAGCAGCCUGCCUGUGUCUAUGCAGGCUUUCCACAAGACAUCACCCUGCCUCCCAUCUCAGUGCAGUCCAUCCAGUGAACCGAACUCUUUGGAGUCAUCUCCCUGUAGCUCCCCCCAUCCCAACCACCGUCAGCAUCACCAAAAUGGACACAGCCACCGGCAUGGCCUCAAAGAUGGCUACUCGAGUUUAGAGAGGCUCAAUAGAAGGCCCAGGGUCAACAAAUGUUCCCUAGAGAAACUAUUCUUCAGACGGGCGUCUCUCGAAACCAUGACGACAACCCAGAGGAACGGCGAGAGGUCAUCUUCGAGAGUAACCAGGCCCUGCAGCGGGGGCAGCAGCAGUGACGAGGGGGGUGGAGAAGGCCUGCUGGAUAACACAGAGUUCAUCAGGAACCGUAAAGAACGUUCCACUGUCCUAGUGAGGCGCUUCUACAAGAAUAAUAAAAAGAUGACCAAGUCAGUGUGUACUGGAACCAGAGCAAUUGUCAAGACGCUGCCGUCAGGACGCAUCUCGGAGGAGGUCUGGGAGGCAGUUGUUUAUGGCAGGAUACAGCAACCAAGCAUGAAGGAUAUGUGGCCAAUCUUAAUGCACAAUGUCAGAGAAGAAUUCCGAGUAUACAGGGACAUGCUCCGACUUUUUCGAGUUAAGCAACAGCAGGUUACCAGCUAUGUGCAGAACAAAGAGGAACUCAACCUGACUCAUCCUGCCAAAAAGCUCCUGCUGUCUUGUCCUGGAUGUGUGUGUCUCAGGGAGGCUCGCUGGCCAUCACGUGCUGACAGUGACAGUCCAGCCAGACCACAUCUGAAGCCUUGCCUUCGUCCUUGGUUUUAUCAUCCAUCUCAUCCAACAAGGUUUUACCGAGCUUGUGCCCAGAGGACAUCAGUGUGUUCCCUGCUGACCGGAGCCCUACUGGAGGCCACAGCUGCCCUCGGCGCCCGUUCUGCUCUACCUUACCUUUUGGCCCAGGGCCCCAACGGCCACGCUGUGCUGAAAGAGCGUCAGCUGGCCAACAGUAUGACCAGCAGCAGCUCUCUUCCACCCAGUGUCAGCGGGAUCAGUAAGGAGCUGGCGGAGAUGCGUCACCUUGUUCAGUUCCCCGAGGAGAUCGCUUGUAUCCUCACUGAGCAAGAGCAGCAGCUGUACCAACGGGUCUUUCCCUUGGACUACCUCUGUUUCCUCACUCGAGACCUGGGCAGUCCUGAGUGCCAAAUCAAACGCCACCCAAACCUUAAGGCCUCGCUGUCAGUGCCCACCAUGCCUACCCAGAGCGCUCAGCGGAGUAACGCUGUGGAGGACCUGGUGGCGCGGUUCAAUGAGGUGAGUUCGUGGGUGACUUGGCUGAUCCUGACAGCAGGGUCCAUGGAGGAGAAGAGGGAGGUUUUCUCCUACCUGGUCCAUGUCGCUAGAUGCUGUUGGAACAUGGGAAACUACAAUGGUGUCAUGGAGUUCCUGGCUGGACUCAGGUCCCGCAAGGUGCUGAAGAUGUGGCAGUUUAUGGACCAGUCAGACAUUGAGACAAUGAGGAGCCUAAAGGACGCCAUGGCUCAGCACGAAUCCUCUACUGAGUACAAAAAGGUUGUGACCAGAGCGCUCAACAUCCCAGGAUGCAAGGUGGUGCCUUUCUGUGGGGUUUUUCUGAAGGAGCUGAGCGAUGCAUUGGAUGGGACAGCCAGCAUCAUAAGCCUCAAACCACCUCUAGACAAUACAGAAGACUCGAUAGAGUUUGUGUCUGACUACAGCGGCCAGCACAACUUCAUGUCACGGUCUGGUUCAGAUGGUCUACACGUCCCGGAGAAGGAAGCUACUGUCAGCAACAUCCUCCAAAUCAUCAGAUCUUGCAAUCGUAGUUUGGAGGUUGAGGAUACCGAUGAGGCGUCCACCAGUCCAUCUACUACCGGCCCAUCCCCUACAUCCAGAAACAACUCCUUCAGGGACCGCUGCCGCAAUCAAUUCACAGUCGGGGACCUGUCGGAUUCGGAGGGAGACUUGUCAUCUGAACCGGUGCUGAAAGAGGUCGAGUUUCAGGGCACUGAGGAGACCCACAGGGCUUUCAGCCAUGGCACUGAGCUCAUUCCCUGGUACGUGUUGUCGCUACAACCAGACGUUCACCAGUUUCUGCUGCAGGGGGCUACGGUCAUCCACUAUGACCAGGACAGCCACCUCACAGCUCGCUGUCUGCUGCGACUACAGCCCGACAACACAACACUCACCUGGGGUAAGCCUCAGAGUGGAGGGGCUUCCCCCACAGAGCCACCACUUGGAUUAGGACAGGCUGUCGUGGCAGGACUAGCAGAGGGCCUUUUGGACCUCGGGGUGGUGAAGGCAGUGUUUCUGGGUCAUCAGGGAGUGGAUGUCCAUGCUGUAAGUUUGCAAAACAAGCUGAGCCAGAUGACGGUGGAGGAAAACGGUCUCAGCCUCCUCUAUGGUCUGAGUACCACAGACAACAGACUUUUGCACUUUGUGGCUCCCAAGCACACGGCACGAAUGCUGCACCAGGGCCUGUCAGAGUUGGUGAAUGCAACCAGAAAAUUAAAGAAGUUUCCUGACCAAAGGUUGCAAUGGUUGAGGAGACAGUAUGUCAGUUUGUAUCAGGAGGAUGGCAGGUACGAAGGCCCUACACUGGCUCAUGCCAUUGAGCUGUUUGGUGGGCGAAGGUGGAACAUGAGUGCGGGCGGAGUGGACAAAUCUGCCGGCCAGAAAAGCAGCCCUCUGAGCAUCAAUGAUAAGACUAAGAAGAAGAAGAAGGUCCUUGUCAGGGGAGACAGUGGGGAUGCCACAGAUGAUGAGAUGGUUUCCAGGAAAACGCGGAGCUGUAAGGAGGGACUGUACCGAAAUGGUCCCGAGUCUGACAGCAUUGACCAGGAAGAUCCAGAGGACAGCUUCCCUGGACCAUUCUCCCUCUCAUCCAGUAAAAGCCCUGGAUUGCUAGCUUCUUCCUCCUCCUCCUCCUCCUCCUCCUCCUCUUCCUCCAGCAUGGCGGGGUCCAACCAGUCCCGUCCGCAGUCCUCUCCGAUCCUUUCAGGAACAGCAAAGUCACAGCCAGGGGCGUGGAGCAGCAGAUCAUGGCACGGUCGAGGCAAAGGCUGUUUCAAAGGCUUCCAGAAUCUCAUCAUUUCUGACAGCACGAUGAGCUUCAUUGAGUUUGUUGAGCUCUUCAAGUCAUUCAGUAUCCGAAGCAGGAAGGACCUGAAGGAGCUGUUUGACACCUUUGCUGUCCCAUGCAGUCGUUCAAGUCCAGAAUCUGCUCCUCUCUACACCAACCUCAGGAUAGAUGACAAAGACACGGGGCUACAGCCAGACCUUGACUUAUUAACCCGCAACGGUUCUGAUCUCGGCCUGUUUAUUCGGACGAGGCAGCAGAUGUCUGACAACCAGAAGCAGAUCUCGGACGCCAUUGCAGCAGCCAGCAUUGUGACCAAUGGGACGGGAGUGGAAAACGCAUCACUAGGCGUCCUGGGAUUGGCUAUCCCUCAGCUGAACGACUUCCUAGUCAACUGUCAGAGAGAACAUCUGAGUUACGAUGAGAUUCUCAGCAUUAUACAGAAAUUUGAGCCUUCAUCCAGCAUGAGACAAAUGGGUUGGAUGUCAUUUGAAGGCUUUGCAAGAUUCCUGAUGGAUAAAGAUAACUUUGCUUCUCGUAUUGAGGAAUCCCUGAUGAACGAAGAGGAGCUGCAGUAUCCUCUAUCCUACUACUACAUCGAGUCUUCUCACAACACCUAUCUGACUGGGCACCAGCUCAAAGGAGAGUCCUCUGUUGAGCUUUAUAGUCAGGUGCUGCUGCAAGGCUGCAGGAGCGUCGAGUUGGACUGCUGGGAUGGAGACGAUGGCAUGCCAGUUAUUUAUCAUGGACAUACACUCACCACCAAGAUACCCUUUAAGGAUGUGGUGGAAGCAGUUAACCGGUCUGCAUUUGUCAAUUCCGACAUGCCUGUCAUCCUGUCCAUAGAGAACCACUGUUCUCUCCCACAGCAACGCAAGAUGGCUGAAAUCUUCAAGACCGUGUUCGGGGAACGUCUCGUGACGCGCUUUCUCUUUGAAAGUGACUUCAGUGAUGACCCUCACCUGCCGUCGCCGCUGCAGCUGCGAGGGAGGAUCCUCCUCAAGAACAAGAAGCUCAAAGCACACCAGGCGCCUGUGGACAUACUCAAACAGAAGGCUCACCAGCUUGCCCACAUGCAUGUCCAGGCUAGCAAUGGGUCACCAGGGGUUACUUCGCCUGGCAACCACACCAACGAGGAAGAGGAAGAGGAGGAAGAUGAGUACGACUAUGAUUACGAAUCCCUAUCAGAUGCUGAUGUCCUCACAGCCUGUACUGCCUCGUAUGGCCUGGAAGAUAACAUCCUGGACGACAAGCCAGAGGGGAAGAGCUCAGUAGACAAAGAAGAGCAACCUGUUGAUGAAAUACCAAAGAGGAUGAAGAAGUCUGAUAGCACCACACAGAGCAAAGGAAAGGUGUUUGAUAUGGAGCUGGGCGAAGAGUUUUACCUUCCUCAGAACAAGAAGGAGAGUCGACAGAUCGCCCAGGAGCUCUCCGACCUCAUCAUCUACUGCCAGGCCGUGAAAUUUCCCGGCCUGUCCACGCUGUCUCCAGCCGGAUCUGGCAGAGGGAAGGACCGGGGAAAGAGCAGGAAGUCCAUAUUUGGCACAGCUCCCGCUCGCUGCAACACAACAGGGGAGGUCACGACUCAGAGUCGCACUCCUGGGAAAGGUGGCGCCGAGCGGCUGAGCUGGGAGGAACAGCAGACGUCACCCGUCCUCAACCCCCCCACCUCUCUCAGCGCCAUCAUCCGCACGCCCAAGUGCUACCACAUCUCCUCUGUGAACGAAAACGCAGCCAAGCGCCUGUGCCGGCGUUACUCUCAGAAGCUGAUCCAGCACACGGCGUGCCAGCUGCUCAGGACUUACCCGGCGGCCACCCGGAUCGACUCGACAAACCCAAACCCGCUGCUGUUCUGGCUGCACGGCAUUCAGCUGGUGGCCCUCAACUAUCAGACUGAUGACCUGCCCAUGCAGUUGAACGUAGCUUUGUUUGAGGCCAACGGCGGCUGUGGCUACGUCCUGAAGCCAGCGGUGCUGUGGGACCGUAGCUGUCCGCUCUAUCAGCAGUUCUGUCCGAUGGAGAGGGAUGUGGAGAAAAUGAGCCCCACCGUUUAUUCCCUCACUGUCGUCUCUGGGCAGAACGUCUGUCCUGGCAACAGCGCCGGCAGCCCCUGCCUCGAGGUGGAUGUUCUGGGCAUGCCCGUCGACAGCUGCCACUUUCGUACCAAACCCAUCCACCGCAACACCCUCAACCCCAUGUGGAGCGAACACUUUCAGUUCACUGUGCACUUUGAGGACAUGUGCUUCCUGCGCUUCGCCGUCGUAGAGAACAACAGUUCCCAGACUACUGCUCAAAGGACUCUGCCUCUGAAGGCCCUCAAGCCAGGUUACAGACACGUCCAGUUGAGAACACAACAUAAUGAACCUCUUGAAGUGUCAAGCUUGUUCAUCUACAGCCGCAGAACAGAGGAAGGUCCUACGGGGGGCGCUACUCCCUCAUCACUGCUGUUCAGUUCAGAGGAGAAACGUGUGUCGCAGCAGCACCGGGUGACGGUGUAUGGAGCUCCUGGUCCUGAGCCCUUCACUGUGUUCUGCGUUACAGAACAGACGACCGCCAAACAGCUGCUGGACAUGGCCGUAGCAUCUGCAGGAAACCCUUCGGAGUACUUCCUGUGCGAGGAGAAGGUACCUCUGUUGAAGGAGCGCAGCGAGGUGAAGCGCUGUGCUCAGCAUCGUCCUUUAGCGCCCGAGGAGGAGGUGGUCAGGCUGGUCUCCAGCUGGAACACUGAGGAGGGAUAUGUGGGGAGGAUCAGCCUCAAAACCAGAGAGGAGAACUUAAAUGGGAAAGACAAGGUGCUGGAGGGAGAGGAGGAGGUGUCUGUAGGAGCCAGAGAAGGACCAGGAGGAGGAGGAGGAGGAGGCGGUGGAGCAGCAGAGGAUGACAUGUUCUUCGUCCAGGUCCAUGAGGUUUCUCCGGAGCAGCCUCACACUGUGAUCAAGGCCCCACGCUACAGCACCGCUCAGGACAUCAUACAGCAGACUUUGUCAAAGGCCAAGUAUUCCUACAGUAUCCUAUCUAACCCCAAUCCAUGUGACUACGUCCUGAUGGAGGAAGUGACCAAGGACACUGGCUCUAAGAAGUCCUCCACUGCCAAGCCCCUGCAGCGGGUGCUGCUGGAUCACGAAUGCGUCUAUCAGGCUCAGAACCGCUGGCGGGGCGCGGGAAAGUUCAUUCUUAAACUCAAAGAGCAGGUGGUGCGGGAAGACAAAAAGAAAGUCAUUUCCUUCGCCAGCGAGCUGAAGAAGCUGACCAGUCGCAGCCGCAGCAUGACGACUGGCGGCGGAGUGGACGGUCCCACCCAGAGGUAUCUGUCUGCAGCUGCAGGUCUGAAGGCGUGGGUGGCAGAGGGCAGGGUGGGGACAGGAAGGUUCCUACAGGCCUCCUCCUCAUCCUCCUCCUCUUUUAGGGCGCAACUCCACCCUGUCCACCUGCCUGCCUCCUCUCUGACCCCCCCAGCCUGGAAGCUUCACCUCCUCAGGAACUGGAAGAUCCACAAAUGAAUCCACAGAGAGAGAAGACUUGCUUUGACUACUUCUAAACUGUGAGGAUUCUGGUGUUUCAGCGAGGGUCCUACACAGCGUGGAAUUCUGGGACAUUCUCCUCUGUCCUGAGGGAGUUUGAACCUGUCUUAUGUUAGCUGAGGAAGUAGAGGACAGGACUUAGUCCAAGGCCCCAUUUAUGGGUUAACAAGACAGAUGUUAAGCCCCUUUUCUUGGGUGAAUGAUGCACAGGAGUUGUGGGCAGGUAGCUCUGGCUCGUUUAUUGGUUGAAGUGUGGGAGUCAGGGAGUCCAGAGUACCUGGUCCAGUUGCUGUCAUUGAAGUCAUAAGGUAUGGGAUUAGGGACACGCAUAUUCACUUACCAGUAGAAAGGAGGAAUUUGUCAAAAAAAAAAGGUAACAUUUAAAGGAUGAAGAGAUUUGCUAGAUCUCCCACCUAAAUAUAAGAAUGAAAACGGCAUCUAGAUUGAAUGAGUUUAGUGAUCCACAAUUCUUUAGAGAGCUGAUUCGAUGACGGUUCAAAUACUGCCCUGCUAGUGAGGUCCUGCAUUCCAGCACGGGCUACAGUUUUCUAUAUCGUGUAUUUAUCUCAAAGUAAGUUCAUAAACUACUUCCCUUUUCUAUCACCACACACAGAAAGCACACAGCAGAUGGACGGUUAUCUGCUUGGAGAAAGUGGAAAGAGAGAUGCAGGAGAGUAGGAAACAGUACUCUUCUCUCUUUCUCAGGUAUGGAGCUGUUUUGGCUGAGGGCAUUGUGAAGGAGGCUGACAAGCUGGCUUGUUUGGUUCUUUUCUUACUGUUCCAGUUUCACAGUACUGUAAGGGCACAUUUUGGGCAUCGCUCACAGAAAGAGGCAACAAAAUGAAAUGACUUAUUAUGGUUUUUUCUGUAAUGGAAUUAGCAAUGCUUUUAGGGGGUUUCUUAGACACUACUGUCUCUGCCCUCAAGUCGAUUUCAAGCAUUUUAAGGCAUUGUAGGUGCGCACUAUUGGUGAUAAAAGUUGUCCUUCUACGUUGCCUUAAAAUGUUGCAAAGCUGCCUUUUGGUAAUUUUAUAGUUGUAUCUCUGAAGAUGAUCUGUGACUCAUUUAACAAAGUAUUUUAGUUCUGUCAUCACUGUCCACAAAUAUUUCUGUCAAUAGGCAUCUUACCUUGCUUAAAAACAGAAAUGAUUCAUGUAACCAGAGUAGGACUUUUCAACAAAACUCUUGCUUAUUAAAGAAAAGAAUUUUGCAGCUGUUGAGCUGUUUAUCAAAGUGAAAUAUUGUCAAAAUUUGGCAAAAUUAUAAUGUGAUUCCAAAGUUAAAGUACAAAUAUGACCAUGUGACAUUUGAUUACAGGUUUCAGAGAGUUUUAUGUUCUCAGUUCUUUGGCCACUAUUCAGGGUUAGUGAGAACAGUAUUGAGGCUCAAUACUCUGCCUUAAUGCUAAAACUGCUAACUGAUUGUAGCUAAACAUGUAAAGAUUUUUUUCCUCAGUGUCAAACAGAUAAAAAUACUUACAUUUCAUCCUUUGAGUAGAACAGUGAUGGUUUGAGCACUAAGAUCCUUUGGAAAAACAGAGCGUGAUCUUCAUCAAACAGCAGUUUGCACAUUUGUUUUUUCCCGUUACUGUCAUCUUCUGUCUCUUGUGUGUUACUGUUUGAUAGAUAACACAGACUUGAUUGUUAGGUCCAACAUUGUAUUAGGGCCAUUAGUGUCAAAAAAAACAGAGCCAGAGAGGGGGGUAAUAUUCUGAGAAAAAAAAAUUGUGAGAUUAAAGUCAGAAAUUUAUAAGAAUGAUGGAUAAUCUUUGAGAUUAAAGUGGUAAAUUUACAAGAACAAAAACUUUCUCUGAGAUUGAAGACAUAAACUUACAAGAACAAAAAAAAAAUCGGACAGUUUCUGAGUUCAUUUGAA